AUGCAUCUACUUACUUUAUCUAUCUUACUCCUAAUUGGUACUCAUAUGGUCAUUGCUACUGCUACAGAAUGUUAUGAAUGUGAGUUAACAUCAGCGUGCAAUGAUCCUUUCAAUGCAAACGAAUUCGGUGUGAAUAAAAUCUCUUCACUCAGUGGUUGGUGCUAUAAGGUGAAAGGCGAAGAAGAAGGAACAUAUCUAAUAAUUCGAGGAGCCGAUGACGUUUCUUGUUCAAAAACAGGGUGUGAUAAUGUCAACGGAGCUACUAUUUGCUGUUGUGACACCAAUUUAUGCAACGCUGCUCGACGUUCAACAUCAAUGAUAACUGUCAUUAUUCUAGCAUGGUCUCUUGCUAUUGGCUUUGCAAGAUGGUUCUAUUGA